GAAAGGGAAAGUGCAACCGGCUGCAGUUUCAGCUCCUGCAGCUUUGGAGUGAAAGCUUGCGAUCCAGCUUGAUCACCCAUCUGCUCUGCAUCCCCAGAAGUGCAAACCUUUCAUGGUGCAAAAAUACUCCAAUGCCAAGAGGGCAGAGGAAUAGGGAAAGGAGGCUUUUCAAUUUAUGAGAAUAUCUGCUGGGAGACCCUGAUAGUUUUCCUACACUUAAGGGCUGGAAGGAGAAUUCCCCCAUGGAAUCCCCAGUGUACAUAUUUCGUGAAGAGCCGGGUCCCACCUGCCCCUCAGGCUUUUGCCCUUUUCCAAGGAGGACCAGCCACAGCUGGCAUGCAGACUGGGAAGAAUAUGGCAACAGCAGCAAUGGUGGAUAUGAGGACUUACAACAGAAUCAGACCAAUAUCUCCCCAGCUAUUCCUAUCAUCAUCACAGCAGUCUACUCUAUGGUCUUUGUGGUAGGCCUGGUGGGCAACUCCCUGGUUAUGUUUGUCAUCAUAAGGUACACAAAGAUGAAGACCGCAACAAACAUUUAUAUUUUUAAUUUGGCUCUGGCAGAUGCUCUUGUCACCACAACUAUGCCUUUUCAAAGUACUGAGUAUUUGAUGAACACUUGGCCCUUUGGGGAUGUGCUGUGUAAAAUAGUCAUUUCAAUUGACUAUUAUAACAUGUUUACAAGCAUAUUCACCUUGACCAUGAUGAGUGUAGAUCGUUACAUUGCUGUGUGUCACCCAGUAAAGGCUCUGGACUUUCGUACUCCUCUGAAGGCCAAGAUCAUCAAUAUAUGCAUCUGGGUCUUAUCUUCAUCUGUAGGCAUUUCAGCCAUUGUUCUUGGAGGUACCAAGGUCAGGGAAGAUACCGGCAGUACUGAAUGUUCUCUUCAGUUUCCAGAUGAUGACUAUGUCUGGUGGGACAUCUUCAUGAAAAUCUGUGUCUUUGUCUUUGCCUUUAUUAUCCCAGUCCUAAUUAUUAUAGUUUGUUACACUCUGAUGAUCCUGCGCUUGAAAAGUGUGCGGCUCCUGUCUGGAUCACGAGAAAAAGAUCGAAACCUCCGCCGUAUCACCAGAUUGGUUCUUGUUGUAGUUGCAGUUUUCAUUAUCUGUUGGACCCCCAUCCACAUUUUUGUGUUAGUUGAGGCUCUUGGAGAUGUCUCACAUAGCACUGCAGCCAUUUCUAGCUACUAUUUCUGCAUUGCAUUGGGCUACACCAACAGCAGUCUAAAUCCCAUUCUAUAUGCAUUUUUGGAUGAAAACUUCAAGCGUUGUUUCAAAGAUUUCUGCUUUCCUUUUAAGAUGAAGGCAGACAAACAAAACACCAGCAGAGUUAGAAACACAAUUCACAAUCCUGCUCAUGCUGGGAACGCUGAUGGUACAAACAAACCAGCAUGACUAGUUGUGGAAAUGUCAUCCUAUUGUCCUCCUGGAAGAGAAGAAUCCAAUGAUCUUGGAUUAACUCAAAUAACUACAGCAGUGUGAAAUGGACAGUAAAAGGACCAUUUGAUAUUAUUUACAAAGCCCCACAGUUUCAACUGAAAUAUAGCCACCAAGAUGUCCUUCAUCUAUGUUCACUGAUGAUGAAUUCUGUUUCAACAGAACUUUGUAUAUAGCAAAGUAAUCAUCUGGGGCAGAAGAAGAGAACUAGUCGUCCCUUCCCCAUUUUUGAUGCUUUAUGUAUGUUUUAUGUGGAUGUUUUAGUGAUUGCUGAAAUUUUUAUUAAGGAGUAAUGUGACUUCAGCAUAUCACUAGUUUUAUUGUACUUGUCAGAAUAGCAAAUCAGCAUUUCCUUUUAUUGAUUAUAUUGACUAAGUAUGCAGUACAUUUUCAGCUAUUUAUAUGGCCUUAAAUAAUACACACACACAAAAAAGUGACGUCUAGCCUAUUGCAACUGUUGGAAAUUUCUCCUGAAUGGGUUCACACAGCACUGUAAUGAUUGAUAUGAUGAUAAUGUGUCAUGUGAUCAACGGAAACAUUUAAUUAUGGAUUUUCUAUUUUCAAUGAAUAGCUUUUAAUUGGAGGGAACACUAUAUAUGAGGAAUAAGGCUAUGUGAAUUUUAUUUAUUUAAGCAAUUUGUAUUGUACUUUUGGGGUGCCCUAAUGUUCAUGGGCUAUAGCUUAGUGUAAAAAUUCUGUGUUCAUUCUCCAGGUGGAAUAAUGAAGACUUUAUUAAAUCUGAUGGACAACCAGGCUGACCCGAACAAAAUUUACUGAAUGAUACAAAUCCAGGUGUCUACUCCAGAAUGUGCAUAUAUUGACCCUAAACUGGAGCUGUUAACAUAUACAAAAGAAUUAGGGAUCAUAUAUUAGUAAACAUAUCGAAUGCAAUUAUGAUAUGCAGUCAAAUCAUAGAAAUAGAAGCUCAAUGUUCCCAUUAGUCUCUAGCAAAUUAAUUCAUCUCAUUCACUAACAAAAUUAAUAAGUGAGUGCAAUUUUGUUAAGAUGAACCAUAACGGAAAUACUUUUAUCAAGAAACAAGCUAGGCUGCUUAUUCUUUGUAAUAUAGAUUGAAAAAAUUCUAUUGAAAAAUAGAUUGGAAUGCUCACAUAUGGCUGUUUUGAGGUCUGGACUUUCAUCUUAUUUUGGAACUUUCCUAGUCUCCCAUACCAAUUGAGUAUUUCUCUUUUAACACGUCUAAAGGCCAGAAAAACCUGUAUCUAAACAUGCACAUAUGCCUGGAGCUUUGUGAGUUGCAUAUGUUUCCUUGCUGUUUUCUUGUAUCACUUUGCUUCAGAUGCUUCUGGAUUUGUAUGGAAGUCUCUUCUCAUUAUAGCAAAGGAGACAACCAUGUUAUGGCAUUGGACCUAAUUAUGUGAGGGCCACCUAUGCCUGACCGUUUCUGCCCAUCCAGUAAGAUCCAGCAAAUGAUACACUUGAGGUUCCCUUAAUUAAGCAUGGUAUCGUAUAGACAUGGCUUCUCGGACCAACCCUUGUCCCCCACCACAUUUCCAUCCCAAAGAUCAAAUAGUUCCCACCAGGAUGAUGUUCCAAAAAGGACUGAAAAAGCUUUUUUCCCAGGCCUUAUAGUAGAGUGGCUGGUGGACCCUGUAAGAUUUUGUCUUGUUAAGUAUGUUUUGUUUUUCCUGGAUGAGAGAUAUAUAUUCUUUACUAUUCUGGCUUUGUAUAAUGUAAAUUGCUCAGAGUUGUUUGGACUUGACCAUUCAUUAAAUAUAUGUCAGUCAGUCAAUCAAUCAAUCAAUCAAAUCAGGUGAUUCUUGAGGUGUCAUGGUGGAACAAUUAGAUUUUAUAAGUGAAAGGUGUAUCUCAGAUUGGAAUUUGGCAAUAUUUGCCUUCAGGAAAAUGUAUUCAUUGCCUUUUCACAUAGUUCCAAUGUUUUCCAUAGUAGCCUUCUUAUAACAGUGCUGAUCACGUCCUUUCAAAAUUUGCUUACGAACCUAUAAUGAAUGGAGAUCGCUAUUCUACCCGGAAGCCUCAACUAGAAAUACUUGUUCAGUAUUAAAAAAAAUAAAAAGCAUGUGCCAUUUUUUAAACUGUUCAAUAUAAUCUUUAUUAUUAGAUCAACUGUAGAGGAUAAGGAAAGAUCAUUUACUCUUUCUCUCACUAUUGUGAUCCUGUUGAAAAUGGCUUUUCUCCUUAAAAAUAUUAUUUAAAUGUUUAAAUGUUAAAAGAAGUAGAAGAAGGAUGGAUGUAUAUUAAACAAAAGAUAGUUGCACUGAGAAGAAAGAGAGAGAAAAAAAGUGGAAGGGAACAAAACUGGAAGAAGAUGAGGCACAGAAAAGAGACACCCGGACAGAGAAGGAAAUAAAAGAGAGAGGAGCCCUUCAGGAGUUCAGAGGGGUAAAGGCACCAGGCGGUAUCUCCCUUCCAAGCAGGUUAAUCUUCAAGUAUUCAAGAUUUGCAAUAUUGAAGUCUGCACCAGUGGUGGGUUUCUACUGGUUUGCUCCGGUUUGGGUGAACCAGUAGUGGCGGCAGCGGGAUGCUCCACCCACACGCCCGACAUCAUCACAGACACCUGCUCAUGUCCAGAAGGUUCUGUGCAUGCGCAGAAGUACUUGCAUGCGCGCGCUCACAGUUUCAAACCGGUAGUGAAGGUAAGUGGAACCCACUACUGGUCUGCAUCCAAUUGCAUCCUUUCUUCUUGCACUUCUCUUUUUACUAGCAAGUAGACGAUAUUCUUUCUAGUAAUUUAGAAGUAACAAUGGGGAUGAUGGGAAAACCCUUAUUUUCCUAUGGAUAAACAUGAAGAUAUUAAAGGCCAUAACGGUAGCAGAAUUUUGUUGCAGAAUAGCACUGCCAACUUCCAGUGAUCUAAGAAGUGGAAUGAUGGCUGCUAUCUGCCUGCCCCCCUCUUUCUCUGUUUGAAGCUAACUAAUAUCAUUGCUCUUCAUUAUUAAUGUAGUGGUAGUCCUUCAUCUUAAUCCUGACUGUUCUUUUCCCUGAUUUCAUCUUCUGUUGAAAAGAACCUAAACCUAAACCUAGAUUUGUUUUCUUUUAUCUGACCCCAGAUAUGUGGAAUGUAAUGGGUACUCAAUGGCAAAAGGCAGUCUAAUCCACAUCCUCCAAUGUCAUCUAGGAUAGGAUACAUUGGAUUCUUGUAGCACCUCUGUACUCAUACUAAAGUUCAUUACAUGUCUUAUAUUAUUAACAGAAUUCUCUUUCAGCCUCCUCCCUGCUCCCCCAAGUCCUACUACACUGCCUCAUUGUGGUGGGGAUGUUCCUGGGAAGGAUGAGUUUAUCAAGCUAAAAUAAGCAGGCAUCUAGAAGGCAAUGAUAAACCACUCUUUUUACCAGGAAAAUUUGAAUAGAAAAUAUAAAAUUACUAACAACAAAUUUAUCCAUGUUGUUAGUAAGAGUCUGACUAGGUGGUUCAGUGGCUAAGACACUGAGCUUGUCAAUCAGAAAGGUUUGCAGUUUGGUGGUUCGAAUCCCUACUACAGGUCUCCUGCGUGAGCAGGGGGUUGGACUAGAUGACCUCCAAGGAACUCUGUUACUGUUACUGAGUCAGUAAUGACUUAAUGACAUUUAAUCAAUCAGGAGUAGCACAUCUGAGACUUCAAAAGCCCAGUUGUUCUGCCAUCUGAAGGCAAGGGCCCAGAAUGUUGUGAAUCAUGAUAAGGGUUUUUUUGUGGUGGCACCUAUUAUGGAUUCCUCUUUAUACAGGAAAUAUAAUUAAUCCAAUAUUGUUAAAACAAAGAAUAUUCAAAACAAGAUUAUUCACAAGCAUUUAUGAGAUAGUAUUGUCCAAGGACCAGGAUAUUUCUUAAAUUGAUCCUUCUAAAAGUUAUAAUUGAUAUAUUCCCUUCCUUCCUUCCUUCCUUCCUUCCUUCCUUCCUUCCUUCCUUCCUUCCUUCCUUCCUUCCUUCUUCAGUUUUAUUUGCAUCAGAUCAUAACCUUACAGUGGAACCUCUAUCAAGGCUAUUUAGAGAAGAUAAGGUGUCUUGUAGUCAACACCUGGGGAUGGUCCAUGACAUGUCUAAUCAAUACCUUGAUAACAUGGAUACCAUCUGCCAAACAUCUGCUUAUGAGGAAAUUGCUCUUAAUAAGCAGUUAUUGUUAUGUGCAAUUGAAGCUCUGGUCAGUUUCAGGAAGCAGCAUUUUCCAGCCAGAGGAUUCUAAUCAACUAAUUAAGGUUACAGCGCUGAGCUUGUUAACUUGUAGUUAGCACUUUUUAAGGAUAUGCUGUGCUGUGCUGUGGGAAACAUCAACUCAAGAAAGGAUGGCUUAUUUAAACUCUCUCUCUGCAGUACAACUGCAGUGCAAUGUUUUUAUGUACUGAAGUAUUCAAUAUAGAUGUCAAGUGCUUAAUGAAGUACCAAAGAAGUUUAAGGCCCAGGAUUAACGCUAAUGAUCCCAGCAUUUAUUGGGUUUUCUUGGAAGGCAUACUAUCUACAGAAAUUUUCUGCUGUAACUGAGCCUUAGUAUUUUGCUAUAGCUUUCACUCCUGACCUUGCUCAUUCUUUACUCUUGUCUUUUUUCCAUUAGGUCUGGCUGCUGUUUUUCAAAAUUGCUAUAAAUUUCAUAUUUUAAUUGUUUUUAUUCUUCUCUUUUGGCUAUGUUCACCAGAACAAUAAAAUUGGAAGAUUGUAUAUUCUGUAUAAAAUUCCUGAUUACAAUUCUGCAAUCUCUUAAUCAGGGAUAGAGUUGGGAUGACCAGAUGGAGCUUAGCAUUUACUGGCUGGAUGCCCUUCCUGACACCAUGCAGAGUUCACAGCAGAUAUUUUUUCUUUGCACCCUAGGAGAGGAAACAUCUGCCAUUACCUAAGAUUAAACUCUCAAUCUUCCAAGUGGGGGCGAGUUCUUCACCACGAGGCCACCACGCCGCUCAUGUAUUCUCAUACUAUAUAUUCUGUAUCUAUGGAGCAAAAGGUUAGCAGGGAAUAAUGGCAGGUGAUGUUGGCUGAAAAUUAAAGCUCCCUUCAGUGCUAUUUAACCUUUGUCCUGGGGGCUGCAAAAUUUAGUAAACAUGCCAUAAUGUGAUAUAGAGGAAAGGCAUAGAAAACAAUUUUAUUAACAUAAAGAGUCUGAAAGAGAGACAUUUCCAAAGUAUGUUUUGAUAGCAUCAGCUGCUUGGAGAGAUUAGAUCAGCAUAGAUUUUACAAACAAGGCCAUUCUGCAUCUGUUAUUCAUACUAGCAGAAGGGCAGUAUGUAUUAAUUCACACCAGGGUACAACAUAUGUAUUUUAUUGCUAGACACAACUGAUAAUUAAUGAAUAUGCUAAGAAAUAAAGUGAAGGAAAAUCUAUACAACAUAGCCAAAAGGUAAUCUUAAAAUAUAAUGGCAUGUUCCUUUAUUUUUUUGUUAUUGUUGAUAGCUUAAAUACACAUGCCCACACACUGCAUACAUAUGCAGAGGCUAGUUGUGCUCAUUUUAAGCAGUACAUUGGCUUGGAAAUAAAUAUGAAAGAUACUCUGUACAUUUUGUGAUGAAUGAAACAGGAAGCAAGCACUUGGAAUUGUUUUGCUUGUAUCUCUUCAUAUUCAGGAAAUUGGACUUCAGUGCAGAUGAAAGCCCAUCCUACCCAGAAAAGUAUUUUGUAUUUCAGUAUAAUAAACCAACUGUCUAUAUUCAGCUUUCUUUAUCUAACAUUUUAAAAAAUAUUAUCUUAUUUUUUUUCGGCAUAAGCUUGUCAAUUUGUAUGCCCAAAUUAGUUGGCUGAUGACCUUAGAUAAGCUUUAUCUAAGGGUUUCUCAACCUGGGCAAUUUUAAGCUGUGUGUAUUUCAACUCCCAGAAUUCCCCAGCUAGCAUGCUGGGUAUUGAAGUCUCACAUUUUAAAAUUGUCAAGAGUGAGAAACACUGCCUUAGUCUCUUAAUUCCCUUUCCAUUUGGAUGAUAUUAUGUACCAUGUUUCCCUGAAAAUAAGACCCUGUCUUAUAUUUUUUUGAACCCUGAAAUAAGCACUUGGCCUUAUUUUCAGGGAGAUCUUAUUAUUUUGGGACGCAUGGAGCAAGACAGGGCUCUUCUUGCUGUCUUAUCUGAUUUCCAGCUCUGUCUCCCUAACCCUAACCAGAAGAAAUGGUGGGGACUGGCUGCACAUGCAUUUAAAUAUUUUCGGGGAGGGCUUAUUUUCAAGGAGAGCUUAUUUUAGCACAUACACUCAAAAGCCCGAUUGGCUUAUUAUCCGGGGAGGUCUUAUUUUUGGGGAAACAGGGUAUUGUAUUUAUAUUAGAUUGUUUCACUAAAAAUUAAGAGUGUAUAUUUUAAUAGUAUCUGAAAACUGUUGACUGUUUCCUUGUAACUUGAUUCAUGAGAAUAUCAAGUAGAAAAAUAUUUUAUAAUAUUAUGGUUUCCAGACUUCAGAUUUCUAGUGUUCACAGGGAAUCAUAGAACUGCAAGCAGCUUGUGUGAUUCAAAAUGUACUGUUAACUCUAAAAUAUCCUUAAAUAACCCAAAAUAACCUAAAAUAACCAUACAGCCUAAAAUACGCUUUGGCUGUAUGAAGUAUAAAAAGUCAAAUGAAUGGCAUAUUGCAGUAAAAGAACUAUUUAGAAAGUUUAAUUUUUUAGCUAUUGUUAUGGAAUGUUUUAACUUGCCAAUUUCAUUCAGUUACUUUAGAAGAAAACAGAGACAUUAUUGAUCUUGAAAGAAGCAUAGCAAUCAACUUGUUUUCCUGGAUUGUAUUAAGGUAUUAAAAUGUGAAAUGAGGGUAUAAUGGUUUUCUUCACAAGACUACAGGUGGAAACAGUGGAGAGGAAGGCCUUUCCCCAACCUUUUUAUCUAGAAAAGAUGCUCUGAAAUUGGUUAGUUGUGCAUUUUGUCAUUUGAUUACUGCAAUUUACUCUACAUGGAGUGGCUUUUGAAGAUUACCCAGAAAUUUCAGUUUAUGGAAAAUGUGCUGCCCGAGAGUUUAAAAGACAAUAUUGGAAUUAUGAUAUAAAACUACAAAACUGCUAAAGCUGUUAUGAGAGCUGCAUCAGUCCUUAAUCUAUUUCUGAGUGCCAUUCAAGUUACUGGCUCAGACCCUGGGUAUCUUAAGAGACUGGCUAUGCUAAGUAGAUUCAGUACAUGCUGAAACAUCCCUUGUGUGAAAUUCCAGUGAAAUUCCAGAAAACAAUUAAAAUCUGGCUUUGCCAGAAGACCUUUAGUGAUUAAGCAGCUAAAAUAAAUUGCAUAUUGUGAUUGCUACACCGUCAAAGCUGACAUCAUAGACCAACUCAAAGAAGUAUUGCAAGAUUGGAAGAUGUGAAGGGACCUGAUCCUCCUCUUCCUCCUCGGUAGUGUUCCCUCCCCCUUUUUUGCUGUUUAUUGUAUUGUUCCUUGUAGUGUGUUUUGACUUGGCAUUCUGUUUCGAACCAAUUUAUACAUCUUAUAAAUUUUAAAAAAAACCAAUAAAAACCAUGUAUGGAAAAAUUAUUGCUAUACCAGCUCUCAUUAUCAUUUCGACAUCUUCAUUUAUCUGAAGUGGUUAACAGACAAUGUGGUGGGGAAUCUAUCCUGUAGCAAGGUAAAAAGAAGUUCUUAAAACUCAAAUACUGAAAUUCUCAUUGCCUCAAUGUCUUUGAGUACACCAAGUACAGGUAAUCCUCAAUGUAUGACCACAACUGAAUCUAAUAUUUCUGUUGUUAAGUGAGACAUUUGUUAAGUGAAUUUUGCCCCAUUUUAUGAGUGUUUGCCCCAUUUUAUAAGUGAAUCACUGCAGUUGUUGAAUUAGUAACAUGGUUGUUCAGUGAAUCUGGCUUCUCCAUUGACUUUGCUUGUCAGAAGUUCUCAAAAGGUGAUCUGCAGUGUUCCUGAGUUUAAAAUUUAUUUAUUUCAAUUUAGGUGUGACUCCAAACUACUGUAACUCUUGGCAACUCACAAUAAAAUAAACAAUAAAAGUGCAUUCAGAACAAA